CGAGCACGGGAUGCCGGCGGGCUCCUACAGCGGCGCGCACACGUCCAUGACCACGUCCCAGUGGGACGUGGUGACGAGCAGCCGCAGCACGUCGCACGGGUGCAGCACGUGCGGCGGCGCCGAGUCCCGCCGCACGCAGAUCUACCACGGCGCCACCGAGGUCGUCAUCGACAAGUACGCCAGCGUCAUGCUGCUGCCAACGCUGCUGAUCCGCCGCUUCAACCCCAUGACCAGCCUGCAGGCGCCCUCGGGCCUGCUCGACAACGUCAAGGCCCUGCUGGGCCGCAAGGGCGGCAGGAACAGCCUCGGCCGCACGGCCGAGCACGUCGUGCACCUGGCCGUCGGGCUGCUGGACGUCUCGCUCGGCGUCGCCGGCCUCGCGAGGAACCCCGCAGCCCCCGAAGCGCUAUACGACGCGCUCAGUGACCCGGCCGCGCCCAUGACGUUCGAUAACUACCUGACGCUGUUUCUGCUGUUCUGGUUGUUGGGCGCUGUGCUGCUGGUCUGCAUGAUCCCGCUGCGCAGCCAAAGGAGGAGCAUCCAGAUGUUUGGUUGGCCGUGGAUGGUCGCCUUUGUCGUGGCUAGCCUGGCGAAUCUGGUCUUGUUUGGUCUCGGAUGCUGGAAGAUUGAUGCCGCGAGGCGCGCGGGUGCCGACUGGACGCCCAUGUUGACUUACUGGAUCGGCGGCGCGAGCGCCAUCGGGUUGCCUAUGUGUGGCGUGGACGUGUUUCAUACGUUUGGCGUCGUUGGGUUGAUUUUCAUGCUGAUACACACUUUUUAGACUCCUCGAACACGCCGUCAUGAUGAAUCUGAACUCAACUCUAGACGUCAGCUUCUUCUCUCUUCUCCAAGCAUUUAGAUCCAACAAACAAGGAUAGAUACCAGACCAAAUAGACAUUUAAAACAGCCCGGGCCGUCGCUCAUGAAAUGGCCA